CCUUCCCCCUCCUUUCCCCUCUGCUCUCUGUUUCCCGGAGAGCGAGAGAGAGAGAAUGGCGUCGCGACUCCUGACCCGAUCCAAAGCCCUAGCGCUCGCUGGCCUCUCCCGCGCCAACGCGGCCUUGCCGGCGCCGCCGCUCGCUACGCUCUCCCGCGAUCCGUCCGCCGCCGCCGUCCUGUCGCCGCGGCAGCCGGCGGUGGGCUCACCGAUCGGCCUCUCCAAGAUUCUAGGGUAUGAGCAGGCAUUUCGGCCCGGUGGGACACAAGUAUUACCUCGUUGGUUUUCUACUGGAGCCCCCAGUGGAUCUUCUGUUCAGCAGGCCUCAAAGACAAUUGCUGGGAUGGUACAAUCUGAUGCACUGAAAACACAGGAUGGGGCCUCAGCCAAGGUUACAGCAUUCAGCCCAUUGGACGCAACUAUUGCCAAGCAGAGAAGCAGUCCACUGACAGUUGAAAGCUUGAAAGUGAGGCGAUCCGAGAUUUUAACAAAAGUUACAUUCUACAUGAUCCCGACUCUGCUUCUAGUGUCAAAGAACAGCAUCAGCACUUCUCUCCUCGUCGCAUCAGUAUACCAUCAAGUCUACAUGUUCCACAAGGAGAUAUUUCUGGACUAUGUCCACCACGAUAUCACCAGAAAGUGGGCUUUGAUAUACUUCAAGCUGCUCUUGCUAGUCAUGGCCAAGGACACAGUGGUCUACUUCGAUUUAUUCUAAAGCUUUCAUGUUAUUCGUUCUUCCAGAAAUAUGUCAGGAACCCCGUCUGUACACUGAAGAUAAUCAUGGUGGACAAAAUGCGCCGCUUGUUCGUCUGUUCCCCAGUGCUGCUGCUGCUGCCUUUUCUUUUCCUAUUGACUGUGAUUGAUUGAUGAAUGGCCAACCAAAGUAGCAAGCAAAUGUGUUUCUUGAAGCAAGGAAAUCAGUUGCCCCUAAAUACAUGCUUAGAUGGAGACAUUUUGCCCUAGUUUUUGUAAUAAUGGUGGCACUAUCAACCCUUGGUGUUAUUAUAGCUAUUUACCCUUACCUUGUCAAAUUGUUCCGAUUUACAUGUUGCGUUGGCUCCA